AUGGAGAAAUCACACCUUCUUCGCUUCCUCAUCGCCGCCGCAGCCCUGGCGGCCGCCUUCCUCAAUACCGCCAACGCCGGCGAAGACUUUGGCUGGAUCCCGGCGGCGACCUGCAGGGGAUCGAUUGCGGAGUGCAUGGACGGCGAGUUCGAGCUGGAUUCGGAGAGCAACCGGCGCAUAUUAGCCACCACAAAAUACAUCAGCUACGGUGCGCUUCAGCCGGGCAAUAUCCCCUGUUCGCGGCGCGGGGCGUCGUACUACAACUGCCGGCCGGGCGCCGAGGCCAAUCCGUACACGCGGUCGUGCACCACCGCCACACGGUGCCGGAGUUAA